UUCCGGGCUGAUGAAACCACAUGUAAAAAGAUAAACUGGUCUAGGUUAGCCGGUUACGUAUAAGGCCUUUAGAAGCAGACGAUUUGUCGCAUUUGUGAUAAAUUUGUCACUGAACACAUACAAUGUCGUACAAAGUUGUUAUACAGAAGGAUAGACCAGCAUUAGCUGCCUACCUGUCUGCCCAGUAUUUGAAGUCUCACGGGAAAACAGUAUCUACAGAGUUAGGAAAUGGCACCUCACUUGAUGUUGGAAACAAUGUCACUUUUACAAGCAAUUUUUCCAUUUGUCGGUUCUUGGCCAGAACAUUCCCAGAUGAAGGACUACUGGGGGAAUCAUUUUUACAGAAAACAGAGGUUGACCAUUGGAUGACAUUUGCGGCUGGUCACUUGUCCUGUGCCACAGAGUUUUCAUCAGCCCUGCAGUACCUGGAGGAAAGACUGUCUCUAGUCACUUUCCUCGUUGGCCAUAGCCUUACUAUCGCUGAUUUCGCUGUCUGGGAGGCACUACAUGUAAACAAACAGUGGUAUGACAUGAUGGCACGAGACGCAGCACCAGUGAAUGUGUCACGUUAUUUCCGGUUUCUCUCCGAUCAAGAACCGUUUAAAUCUGCCCUGAAAGUUGUUCCCAAACCACAAGGACAAGGAAUCAAAAAAUCUGAUACCUCUGUGAAAAAGGAUGAGGGAAAGUUUGUAGACUUGCCAGGAGCUGAGAUGGGGAAGGUGAUUGUCCGAUUUCCACCAGAGGCCAGCGGGUACCUCCAUAUUGGCCAUGCCAAGGCUGCCCUUCUCAAUUAUCACUAUGCACAGCUGUUCAAGGGUAAGCUGAUCAUGAGGUUUGAUGACACCAACCCAGCCAAGGAGGAUGCUGACUUUGAGAAGGUGAUCCUGGAGGACGUGGCUAGGUUGGGAAUCAAGUACGACAUAUUUAGUCAUACCUCAGACCAUUUCGACCUGAUUCUGCAGCUAGGUGAGAAGCUGAUCCGUGAGGGAAAGGCGUACUGCGACGACACAGACCCUGAAACCAUGAAGAAAGAGAGAGAGGAGAGGACUAACUCUAAAAAUCGAUCCAAUAGUGUGAAGAAGAACUUGGAGAUGUGGGAGGAGAUGAAGAAAGGCUCCACGUUCGGUAAGACGUGCUGUGUUAGAGGAAUGGUAGAAAUGCAGUCAGACAACGGCUGUAUGAGGGACCCUACCUUCUUCAGGUGUAAAACUGAGCCCCAUGUCAAAACAGGCACCAAGUACAAGGUGUACCCGACCUACGACUUUGCCUGCCCGAUUGUAGACAGUGUGGAGGGAGUGACACACGCCCUGAGGACGACCGAGUACCACGAUCGUGACUGUCAAUAUUUCUGGAUCAUCGAUGUCCUUGGUCUGCGUAAGCCUUAUAUAUAUGAGUAUAGCCGUCUAAAUCUACAAAACACUGUGCUGUCCAAGAGAAGACUUACAUGGUUUGUGGAUCAGGGAAUUGUCGACGGAUGGGAGGACCCGCGAUUCCCAACAGUAAGAGGAGUGCUGAGACGUGGUAUGACUGUGGAGGGACUGAAACAGUUCAUUGUAGCCCAGGGUUCAUCUCGCUCCAUUGUCAUGAUGGAAUGGGACAAGAUUUGGUCUGUCAACAAAAAGGUAAUAGAUCCCAUAGUCCCACGAUACACCGCCCUCUUACAGAGUGAUGUGGUUCCUGUCAACGCCAAGGGAGCUAGUGUCGGCUGUAAAAAAGUCGCAGUACACCCAAAGAACUCGGAGCUGGGAACAAAGGAUACCUGGUACUCUCCCUUGCUGUACAUAGAGGGCGCUGAUGCCGAGAUGUUAAAACAAGGAGAAACAGUAACUUUCAUAAACUGGGGGAAUCUCAAGAUCGCCAAAAUUAAUCGAACCAAUGGGAAAAUUACUUCACUCGACGCCGACUUAGACCUUGAGAAUACAGAUUACAAGAAGACCCAGAAGAUAACAUGGCUGGCCAGUACUGACAAGGCUCCAUUUACUCCUGCCAUCUGUGUCCAGUAUGACCACAUAAUCACCAAGCCUAUACUUGCAAAGGACGAAGACUUCAAGGCCUACGCCAACAGAGACUCAAAGAAGGAGCAGGUUAUGUAUGGAGACCCAUGCCUAGCCAGUCUGAAGAAAGGAGACAUCAUCCAACUACAGCGACGAGGGUACUACAUCUGUGACCAGCCCUACCAAACAACCAGCCCCUAUACUGGGAAGUGUAGUCCGUGUGUACUACUAAACAUACCGGAUGGCCAUCAGAAGGAGAUGCCCACGGCUGGCUCCAAACAUAAACAGGAGGCCAGCGUCAAGGAGAAAGCACAAAGUAAGAAAGGGAAGUCGGCUGAAAAAUCUCCACAAGAUGAGCAAGCCCCAACUGUUCCAGGAGGUGCUUCAGUGGCUGAUCUUGACAGUAAGAUUACCGCCCAGGGCGAACAAAUCAGGAAGCUGAAGGCAGACAAAGUUCCGAAGGGCCAGAUUGAUGCCGAGGUGAAGAUCCUUUUGGACUUAAAGGUUCAGUAUAAGUCUGCGGCUGGUAAGGACUGGAAACCAGGUGCCAAACCGGCCCCAGCCCCAGCUACUGCUCCCGCAGGAGGAGAUGGUGACCUUUAUGACAAGGUUGCAGCCCAGGGCAACAGGAUCAGGGAUCUCAAGUCACAGAAAGCAAAUAAGGCCCAGAUAGAUGCCGAGGUGAAGAUCCUGCUAGCAUUGAAGGCCGAGUACAAGUCUGCCACUGGUAAAGAUUGGAAACCGGAUGCCAAACCUGCACCAGCGACAACUACUGCUCCUGCUACCACAGGAGGAGAUGGUGACCUUUAUGACAAGGUUGCAGCCCAGGGCAACAGGGUCAGGGAUAUCAAGUCACAGAAAGCAAAGAAAGAUGUGGUAGAUGCUGAGGUUAAGAUCCUGCUAGCAUUAAAGGCCGAGUACAAGUCUGCCACCGGUAAAGACUGGAAACCAGAUGCCAAACCGACCCCGGCCACAACUGCUGCUCCUGCUACCACAGGAGGAGAUGGUGACCUUUAUGACAAGGUUUCAGCCCAGGGCAACAGGAUCAGGGAUCUCAAGUCACAGAAAGCAAAGAAAGAUGUGGUAGAUGCUGAGGUUAAGAUCCUGCUAGCAUUGAAGGCUGAGUACAAGUCUGCCACUGGUAAGGAUUGGAAACCGGAUGCCAAACCGGCCCCGGCCACAACUACUACUCCUGCUACCGCAGGAGGAGAUGGUGACCUUUAUGACAAGGUUGCAGCCCAGGGCAACAGGGUCAGGGAUCUCAAGUCGCAGAAAGCAAAGAAAGAUGUGGUAGAUGCUGAGGUUAAGAUCCUGCUAGCAUUGAAGGCUGAGUACAAGUCUGCCACUGGUAAGGAUUGGAAACCAGAUGCCAAACCUGCACCAGCGACAACUGGAGAUUCUGUACUCAAUGAUAAGAUUGUUGCUCAGGGAAAUAAAAUCCGAGAUCUGAAGGCCCAGAAAGUUGCCAAGGACAAAGUUGACCAAGAAGUGAAGGUAUUGCUGGCCCUUAAGGCCGAUUACAAGGCUGCCACUGGUAAGGAUUGGAAGCCUCAGCCAGCUGCUGCUGCUCCGAAACCUGCCGAGAAAUCCAGCUCCAACAUGGCUGACUCUGCUGAGGCUACGAAUCUGAAGGCACAGAUUGAUGCCCAGGGUGAGAAAGUCCGGACACUCAAGUCUUCUGGGGCAUCUAAGGGUGAUGUUGACAAGGAGGUACAGGCAUUGCUGGCCCUUAAAGGUAAAUACAAGGAUCUGACAGGAGAGGAAUUGGCGGGAGGCGGACGACAGAACAAGAAAGGGGACAAAAAGGCGAAGGAAAACAAACCGCCGAAGAAACAGGAAGCAGCUCCCGCCAAGACUGAAUCGGCUAACAAGGACGACAAAGACAUUAAAAAAAUCACCAGACUCUGUCUGGAGGCAAAGAAAGAAGAGAACUUGUCUGACUGGUAUCAACAGGUCAUCACGAAGUCUGAAAUGAUUGAGUAUUAUGAUGUGAGUGGUUGCUACAUCCUGCGUCCUUGGUCCUACUCAAUUUGGGAAUUCAUCAAGGAUUUCUUUGACACAGAGAUUAAGAAACUUGGUGUAGAGAACACUUACUUCCCGAUGUUUGUCUCCAACCAGGCGCUGGAAAGGGAAAAAACUCAUAUAGAGGACUUCGCUCCGGAGGUUGCCUGGGUAACCAGGUCUGGGAAAUCCGAGUUAGCCGAGCCAAUAGCCAUCAGACCAACAAGUGAAACGGUCAUGUACCCCUCCUAUGCCAAAUGGAUUCAGUCCCAUCGAGACUUGCCACUGAAACUCAACCAGUGGUGUAAUGUUGUGAGGUGGGAGUUCAAACAUCCACAGCCAUUCCUGAGGACGAGAGAGUUUUUAUGGCAGGAAGGUCACACAGCGUACGGCAAUGCUAAAGAUGCACAAGAGGAGGUGUACACAAUCCUGGAACUGUAUGCCCGAGUGUACGAGGAACUCCUUGCCAUCCCAGUGGUGCGUGGCAGGAAAACAGAGAAGGAAAAGUUUGCUGGAGGAGAUUUUACGACGACAGUUGAGGCCUAUAUCAGUGCUAGUGGACGAGCCAUACAGGGAGCCACAUCACAUCAUCUUGGUCAGAACUUCUCCAAGAUGUUUGAGAUUGUGAUAGAGGACCCGGAGACACGUGAGAAGCAGUACGUGUAUCAGAACUCGUGGGGAAUCACGACCAGGACUAUCGGUGUACUGUGUAUGAUCCACGGUGACAACAACGGACUCGUCCUCCCACCGAGAAUCGCCAGUGUACAGGUUAUAAUCGUACCAUGUGGUAUCACGGCCAGUUUGUCCCAGGCUGAUGAGAAAGCACUCCUUAAGAAGUGUGAGGACCUCCAGGCCUCAUUAACAGCCUCUGGAAUCAGGGCCAAGUGUGAUUUACGUGAUAACUAUUCACCGGGCUGGAAGUUUUAUCACUGGGAGCUCAAGGGAGUUCCCCUCAGGAUGGAGCUGGGUCCUCGAGAUAUAAAAAAGGACCAGGUUGUUCUCGUAAGACGAGACACCGCUGCCAAGUCAACAGUUGCCAUUGACAACCUGGCCACCAACAUUAGGGACACCCUUAACAACAUUCAACAGAGCCUGUUUGCUAAAGCCAAUGAGGAUCUGUCUAACCACAUGUCAGUGACGCACGACUGGGAAGACUUCUGUAACAGUCUUGACGACAAGAAGAUCAUCCAGGCUCCAUUCUGUGGAGAUAUUCCCUGCGAGGACAAGAUCAAGAAAGACAGUGCCAGGGAUGCUGUUGUGGAGGAAGGGGCACCUGCUAUGGGAGCCAAGGGGCUGUGUAUCCCAUUCAAACAGCCUAAGGAGAUGGCCAAGGGCACUAAGUGUAUCAUGCCAUGCUGUGGCAAUGAUGCCAAAUACUACACACUGUUUGGCAGGAGUUACUAAGACAUUGUACCCAUGAUUUACACAAAUAAUUUUCAUUUACACCUGGAGAGACCGGGAUGUUUGUAUGAAUCCUGAAACACCACAAACAUUUUACCAAUUACUUGUUCAAUGAUUUAUUUUUAUUUAUUGAGAAUCAACCUGUUAAACAGCUAUAAGCAAUGGAAGUUAAAACUGGUUGUGAAUAUUUAGUACCCGAGUGGUAUGAUGUGAAGACUGUCUGGUGUCAUGUUUGAUGGAUAAAACAGGAGACUACAUGAUUACAUUUUGUUCCUUGCCAUUAUCAACUGUAACAACAAGCCUUUUGGUGCAAUAAUACAAUGAAAGAAUUGUUGAAGAUCUCGGAAGAUUAACUUUUAUUUAUAAUAAAUAAAAUCAAUGGAACUUCU